AUGGAUGAAACAACGGAGUUAGAGGCAGAGGUGGAGGCGACGCGGCGAAAGCUGCGGGAGCUCGAGCGCCGGCUGAGCGAAAGGCGCCGCACUUUGCCUCUGCAAGCGACAAGUGAGAAUGAUCACAUGAAAGAUAAAUACCCGAGUGACGUGUUGGCACCUUUUGUGUGCGCGGCGGCCUCGUUAACAAAGGCGGAUGUGGAGCGUUUCUCGCGGCAGAUGAUGGUGGAUGGCAUUGGCGCGAGUGGCAUGGAACGAAUUCGUCGUGGUCGUGUUCUUCUCGUGGGUGCGGGUGGAUUGGGUAGCACCAUUGCACUUUUUCUUGCGGCCUCGGGGGUCGGUGAGCUGAGGAUUGUCGAUUUUGACGUGGUGGAGCUGAGCAAUCUUCACCGCCAGGUCAUACACGCAACAGAUCGCAUCGGGUGGAAAAAGGUGGACAGCGCGGCAAGUGCAUGUCGUGCACUCAACCCGGACACGAUGGUCUACCCACUGGAUGUGGCAUUUGAUCCAUUCAACGCGGAGGAUCUCGUGCGAGACUGUGAUUUGGUGGUGGAUGGCACGGACAAUGUUGCAGCGCGCUAUUUAAUAAAUGACGCCGCCGUCCGACAUGAGAAACCUGUUGUAAGUGGCAGUGCGAUGCGAUGGGAUGGGCAGUUGUCUGUCUAUGGGUAUGACGGCGGUCCAUGUCUUCGCUGCCUUUUUCCUGUUCCCCCGCCGCGAGAGGCAGUUGGCAGCUGCAAUGACACGGGUGUCAUGGGCCCGGUGCCUGGUUUCAUUGGUUGUUUGCAGGCGAUGGAAGUACUGAAAGUUUUGGCAAAGGCCGGGGAUGUACUUUCAGGCCGUAUGCUUAUCUUUGAUGGACUCCGCUUCCAUAUGCGAGUUGUGAAUCUUCGUGGUCGACAAAAAACGUGUCUGGUGUGCGGUGAUGCCUCGGAUAAGAGUAGAGGACUGCACGAACUAGUAGCAGAGCGCCCCGAGUACAUUGCGGUGUCAUGUGUUUCUGGCUCUGCGUUGAGUGCACAACUUCUUCCCACAGAGGCACGCAUCUCGCCAAAGGAUGCCUUUGCAUAUCUUCAACACAUAGGGCACUCUACGACAACGUGCAUGAUUUUGGAUGUACGCUCAAAGGAACAGUACGAAAUGGCUCACCUUCCUACGGCUGUCUUGCUGCCGCUGUUGCAGCUCAAAAAAUGGCAGCUUGACGGUGUCCUUUGGAAUGAAUGGGAACGCUUUGUCAGCUGUCAUAUCGGCACCACGAAUGAUUGCGUGACUGUGUUUGUGGUCUGUCGCAGAGGGAUAAAGUCGACCGAAGCCGUUAAAAUUUUCUUGUCGACUGAACAGCGAUGCGACACGUUGGAUGAUGGUCGCACCGACGCCACAAAGCCCUACACUUCAAGGCGGCGGUACCGUUUUAUAAAUAUGGAAGGUGGACUUAACCGAUACCACCACGAUGUUGACAAUAAAUUUCCUUUUUAUUAA